AUGGCAUCGAAGAACGAGCAGGACAAUAGUCCAAGCUUCGUCGAGGAUGACGACAUCUCCCAGUCCAACAGAAUUUCAUCGUCAACAGCCACCGUGUCGCCAGCAAGAAAUGUUGGGGAAAAAACAAAAAAGCCACCUGAUGCAACUCACGGUUUGAAAUUUGAAUCGAAAUUGUUGACGCUGUUUUGCAUCCGGGCACUUGGGGCCGGCUACAAAUUUAAAUUAAGCAGAGAAAGAGAAGACCUGGGUGGUAAAUUUGACGAUGUGAUUUUUCAGUAUCAAGUGCUAGAUGAUACAUCUGAAGGUAAACAUUGGCACUAUCGCUACUUGCAAGCCAAACACAAGCAGAACGAAUCGGACAAGAUUAAUGCGACUCACCUCCUCAAUGAUAAUGACAAGGGUGAUUUCAGUUUACCAAAAUAUUUUCGUUCCUUCUGCAUGAUAAGAAGAAGAGGCGAAGACAUUCACGACUGCAUCCUUUGCACAAACAUCAGUUUCGAUUUGAACAAUUUCCAGGAAAAAGGCAUCGAGUUGGUGUCGAUUGACGACCAGCCUGAAGACAUUCUAGAGUUUGGUCCGCAACAAAAGACACUUCGUUAUAAAUUGAAAUUCACAGAAGAGUUGCGACGAAAAGCGUUAAAUAAGUGGUCAGACAUAGAUCAUCUUGCAAAGAAAUUGCAAACCUGUGUAGGAGAUAAACAAACAACUGAUACAAGGAAUGGAGGAAUCUUCAGCAGGUACCACGUUGCCUUAAUCGAAGAAAAAGUCAUCGAUUCUGCCACCAAAAAGUUCCAUGAAGAUUUCGUAAACGGAAAAGAGAGUCUGUCCAAUGGCGCACAACAACUUCGCCAAACCCUCAACAAUUUAGCAGAGAAUGACUGGAAAAACUGGGAAUUCAAAUUGAAUAACACAUUCGGAAGGCAAUCGAAUGAUAAAAUAAAUCCGUUACCGUUUAAAAUCUCGGAGGAAGACCUUGACGCAUUCCUUGACAAAUUCGUGUUCGUGGUGAACAUGCCAAACGAAGAGCAAUUUGAAGCCAUUUUACAAACUCAUGAUGUGAGCAAGUACUACCCUAAGGACAAAUGCGAACAGCAAACGAUCCGUUUGCUACACAAAGUAUCUGCAAAGUUCUCCAACAACUUCACGCUAACUUCAGAAGAAGCCAAGAAGAUCUUGUUAGAUGGCGUUACAAACAAUUCAAGCCAGCACCAAGCAAAAUUAGAAAACGAGGUGGGCUUCAACGACGACGCCAAGAAUGACAUGGCCGUUAAACUAAAGCCUUUCCUGGACAGUAAAAGGAUUGGACAAAUUAUCACACCAGCACCGAAGCAUACGGCCGUCAAAGUUGUUUCGGCCAUCAAGAAAAUGCAGGAAGACAAUAAGACUGGAAACCUUUUGGUUGUGACACAGAGUUGUCUAGAAGACAGGGACGAUAGGGAGCGUUGGAAGAACAUUUUGAAACUAAAAACAGAUUCUCAACAUUUUCUCGUCGUUGUUUGCGAUAACGAAACACCUAAUCCGGAAGAUUACGCAGAUCUUGUUCCGGAUGAACACAUGGACAACAAGGUCAUUUUCAUCGGUCGCAACGGAAUUGACGGAAUGAUGGACGAUAUCAUUUAUGAAGAGUUGAAUGAGAAUUCCCAAACGGCUAUCCUGAAGAAAACAAUCACAUUCCAAGGAACAGUUCUAACCGUUGGUGAUCUGGUUGGAAACCAACCGGACAAAGUCAUCGAUUACUUUUCUAUAGAAGAGUUGCUGUUCCAGAAGAAAACAGUCAACAUCCCACCGUCGCAUACAUCGGAAUGCGAAGAAUCCUUGUACAUCAAGAGGCAGUUGACGAUGACAUUUCACAAAUCAUUCGAAAACAAAUUAGCAGAACGCUUGAAUUGUACAAUAGAUGAACUCCACGAGAAAUGCAGAAUCACUUCACAAGGUGAAAUUAAAUGGUUUGUUGAAAAUCAAGAUAAUGAAUCCAUUUGGGAAGAAAUAGAAAAUCUUACGGAUGAAGGAAUGUCAAACGCCAUCGACGAGAGCCAACUUAUUUGUCUGGAUGAGGGAAGAGAACGAAUUCAGAUUGUGAUCAUAUCUGGAGUGGCUGGAACGGGCAAGUCAACUAUCCUCUCCCACUACUACAUGGAAAUGAAAAGAGUAAAACCAGAUCAUUGGAUCAUCAGAAUCAAUCUCGUAGAGCAGCAAAAAAUUCUCUUACAAUUAGUAACAGCUUCUGAGGACAAUGCCGUUGAUUUCAUUGUCAAACAGUUGCACAUCGUUGCAGAUGAAAGCCCAUUUUCUCGUUCACUGUUGAGGCACCGAAUAGAAACGGGAGACAGAAUUGCUUUCAUGUUUGACGGCUUCGAUGAAAUCAGCCAUCGUUGUCAACAGAACGUGAUUCGUUUGAUGAAAAUACUCGCCAGGAAGAAAAUGAUUAAACUCUACGUAACGACAAGGCCCCACAUUGCAGACGAAUUACAAUUCGAGUUGUCUCAAUUGGCUCAUCAUCUGCAAAUCUUGGCUGAAAAAGACCAAAUUGAUUAUUUAGUCAGGUAUUGGAAAUCAAAUUUACAAGAGAUGGAAAUGGAAAACAAGUCGAUUAUCAUACAGACCUUCGCAGAAUCGUUAGUUCGCCGAGUAUCUCAGACUCUAAGAGAUGAAGAGAAGAGCUUCAUUGGAGUUCCGUUGCAAUGUCGAAUUCUAGCCGAGUGCUAUCAAUCUGAACUUGAAAAACAAAUCAUAAACAAUAACGUAACAGCAUGUGAAACACUAGUGAAUCAACACUUCGAUUUAAAGAGUCUGUACGAACGUCUUUUGGAUACCAAACGACGAAUCUUUCGGGAAGAAAAGGCAGAAUCACCAAGUUUCAAUCAAGUCGGGAGCUGCGCCAUGGAUUUCUUGAUCGAUGACAUUGAAUCUCAUCUGACUAAAUUGGCCAUUGAGACACUCGUCGUGGAAAGGAGAGACGUCACAACUUUAUGGCCCUCCCAACAACAGUAUUUUCAUUCGGCUGCUGAAAAAUCUGAAAAGGAAAAUAAAAUAACAGAAUUAGGAGUGAAAUACGGACUAAUAGUACUCAGCAAAAGUACCGAGAAAUCUGAAGUGCAGUUCUUACAUCGUACCUACGCCGAGUACUUGUUCGCCCGAUAUUUGCAUAGAGGAAUGGACAUCAACAAUUUCGACACAAGCCAGCUGCUGAGUAAAAAACCUGAAAGUGAUUUAGUCAUCAAUGAGGUCUUGGUCGAAAAAAAAUAUGACGGAGUUAGAGUAUUUCUCAAUUUCAUGCUUAAGAAGACGGAAGACAAAAAAAUUAAACUACCAAAACGACUGCACAAAUUCGCCAAAAGCUUGGAAGAGCAUAUCAAAUCACUACCACGACAUGCAUCACCCAGGGAUCGGCAUACCAACGCCUUAACUGUUGCCCUCCAAACUUCGAACUUGUUUCAAUUCUUACUCGACUGCCUCGAUGAAACAUUAAACGAAACUGAAAGGAAGCGAGUCGUCAGGUCUGCAUUCCAACACCAUUUUCAUUUCUCUACCUUCUUAUAUCGGAGCAAUGGUCGACUGUUUCAAAGAGUUCUUUCUUAUUACGACGACGCAGACGCUGUUGACGUGGAGCGUAUCGUAAAAAAAUUGUUACACGAACCCUUGACGGCUAUAUAUUCACCUGACUCCUCCUAUGUCAUCGUUUGGAACAACGAGAGGGCAAAAGACGUCGUGGAAGAGAUGUUAAAGUUUAUGGAAAAAAACGGGGAGAAUUUAAAACACGUUUUAAAGCCGGAACACUCGGGAUUCAGCUCAAUGCACACUUCGGUCACAUUACUGCAUUUUUUCAUCUUCAAUGAAUAUUACAACUGCCUUUUAAGCCAAUUCUUACGUUUCCUAUCGUCCAUCUACGCCGACGACCACAACUUUACUGAACUAUUAGACUUCACUUUAAACAUGCAAGAUUACAACAACGAUAACUGGACGUUUCCCUCGAACAAUGGAAUUGAAAAAACUCUGGACAUUUUAAGAGAUCUGUCACGACCGAGAGUGAUGGAAGGUUUAUGUCACUUGGCGCUCGUCACAGAUUUGUUUGAAAAAUAUUACCAACCUUCUCUAGCGGACGAUGAAGAUUCGUUGAAGGCUCCUGCUCGAAUGACCAGACUUCACUGGGCAGCGUUUAAUGGCGACGUAGAAGCAAUAGAAAGCAUUGGCGACAGAACGUGCAGCAUGGACGACAGCUUCACACCCUUCUACGUGGCGGCCGCUCGUCACCACAGAGAAAUCUGCCACAAAAUAUUAUCUUUAUUUAAAACAAGUCUGACAGACGAUGAAUUACGAAGACACGUGACCAAGUAUAAAGGAUUCAUACAUAAGGCCAUGUGGGACGCUAUUUAUUUCCACAAUCUCACAAUGUUUCAGCUAAUCCUUCAAUCCACCAAACAAGCUUUAGGGCGACAUUACCUGAUGGCUUUGUUGAAAUCAGAAAAACCCUUGGAUUUACCUGUAACCAAGGAAUUUUUUUUUCAUCGCUAUAACUUUUUGUCUCUAAAGAACGGCAAAGAGUUAUUCAAAAUCACAGCCAAAGUUUUGCUCGACGACGGCAGUCAAGAGGAAUACGCUGAUUUAAACGAUUUAGUCUUCCACAAGAAAGAUAUACACUUCCUUGAAGCCAGAAUAAUACUGAACAAUAUCGAAGAAGAAACAUUUCAUAGAAUGGUGGAAGUGAAUGGACUGGAAAAUUGUACAAAACGCUUUUUAGACUACACCGUCGUUUGGGGAUUUCGUCUGCUAUCAACCGUCAUUGCAAGGUUUACUCUAAACCAACGGCGGGAAUUUAUCAACAUCAUCACAUCACCAAACAUUCCAACCUAUCAAUCGAAUCAAAACAACCAAUGACGCAAUCAAGGCUCUACUGUGUCAGAACUCAAAACUAGUUACCCUUGCGUCAAAACACUUUUCACGGCCAGAUUACCUCAAAAUCAAACGACGUAUCAUAAAAAACGGACCAAAAGUGAUGAACGAACUUUUUAC